GGAGGUCUUCAGCACCCACAGAGGGACUUACAGGUAGGUGGUGUCAUUUCCCCCUCACCUGAGUGCUGGCAGGUCCGCUGCUGGCCACCAGCAGGAUGCCCAUCAUGAAGAUGCUGACAAUGAAGAUGCUGACCCUGUGCUUGGUUCUUGCUAAAUCAGCCUGGUCGGAGGAGCAGGAGAAGGUGGUUCAUGGAGGCCCCUGUUUGAAGGACUCCCACCCUUUCCAGGCCGCCCUCUACACCUCGGGUCACCUGCUGUGUGGUGGGGUCCUCAUUGGCCCACAGUGGGUGCUGACAGCCGCCCACUGCAAGAAACCGAAUCUGGAGGUGAGCUUGGGGAAACACAAUCUACGGCAAACAGAGACUUUCCAAAGACAAAUCUCCGUGGACAGGACUAUUACCCAUCCCCUCUACAACCCCACGACCCAUGACAAUGACAUCAUGAUGGUGCAUCUGAAAAACCCAGUCAAAUUCUCUAAAAAGAUCCAGCCUAUGCCCUUGAAGAAAGACUGCUUUGAGGAGAAUCCCCACUGUCAGAUUCUUGGCUGGGGCAAGAUGGAAAACGGUGACUUCCCAGAUACCAUUCAGUGUGCUGACGUCCAGCUGGUGUCCCGGGAGGAGUGUGAACGUGCCUACCCUGGCAAGAUCACCCGGAGCAUGGUGUGCGCAGGCGACAGCAAAGAAGGCAACGAUUCCUGUCAGGGUGAUUCCGGAGGUCCCCUAGUAUGUGGGGGUCACCUCCGAGGGCUCGUGUCAUGGGGUGACAUGCCCUGUGGAUCAAAGAAGAAGCCAGGUGUUUACACUGAUAUCUGCACUCAUGUCAGAUGGAUCCAGAACAACCUCAGAAGCAAGUGGCUGUGACAUGAGACAUCCAGUUCUCACCCACGACGCCGCUG